GAUACAAAGCGGACAAACACAAAAAAUGGCGUCCUCCAUGGGCGGAAUGUUCCCAGGGCAGCAGCCCCCUGGUCCGCACCCUCCGGCUGGCGUUCCUGGACCACUGGCAGGCCCUCCGGGGAGUAGAGCUCCGAACAGUACUUUGGUGGAUGACCUGGAAGCUUCUUUUGAGGCAUGUUUCGCAUCUCUCGUAAGCCAGGACUAUGUGAAUGGCACAGAUCAGGAAGAAAUCAGAACAGGGGUUGAUCAGUGCAUUCAGAAGUUUCUCGAUGUGGCCAGGCAAACAGAGUGUUUUUUCCUUCAAAAAAGGCUACAGCUCUCAGUACAGAAACCUGAACAGGUAGAGAAAGAGGACAUAUCGGAGCUGAGGAAUGAGCUUCAGAGGAAGGACAUGCUGAUCCAGAAGCACCUGACUAAGCUCCACCACUGGCAGCAGGUGUUGGAGGACAUCAGUGUCCAGCACAAGAAGCCCACAGAACUUCCACAGGGUCCAUUGGCCUUCUUGGAACAGGCCUCUGCGAACCUGCCUGCUCCUGUCAAGCCCAACUGAGCAUACUCGUAAAGAUGCAGGGCUGGACAAAAUAAAGAUCUGUACUGUUAUUGCAGUACUGCAGUAUUGGAACAAUAUUUUUGGGUAACGUCAGGCCACAGUAAAGUCCUGGUAAGAUGACUGCUAUUCAUCUGAACAGUGGUGCUUGUGAUGGAUGUUGUUUUUUUUUUUAUAUCCAGUGUAAAGAAAACAUGGUUAGACCUGUAGGAGUGAAUUUUUUAUUUAGGGAGUAAUCUAUUAAUUUAGAAAUGAAUAUUAGUGUGGUUACUUGUAAGAAAGCUGUAUAGUUCAGGAUCUAGUGAGGUUUUUUUUGUAGCUGACAUCAGAAUUUAUAAGAAAUGGUUAAUGGUUAAAUGAGUAAUUCGAAAUACCUUAACAUUUUUGAUUGUGUGCAUAGUAUACAGUUAUGUAUGAUAACCUGACAAGUUACUCUUUUAAUAAAUGGCCAUUCAAGAACUUCAAGUAGAAUUUAAACUAGAUUUUUGAAUGAACUUUUUAAGAGAAUUAAGUAUUUUGUCAUUGUCAAUAUUUCACAAUCAUUGUACGCCUUUUUUUGAAUAAAUAUCUGUAUCUGUACUUUGUGUGUUUAACACUUUUGUGUGCUAAAAACUAUUCAUACAAAACAAAACUUGGCCUUUAUCAGUUAUCUAUUAUUUUUAUGGUUGUCCAUUUAGUUAACAUUAGUUUGUUGAGUAGUUUUCUGUCAAGAUAAUUGUCAAGCAUUUGCAAGGUAGCUUGCUGUUGCUGAGAAAUGCAUGCUACUUGGCUAACUUUAAAUCUUAUGAUGAAAUGGCCUGUAUUUUUGUUACUUUUAGAAAGUAAAAAAAAAUCUUGUAUAUGUACCUUAUUUUAGAAACUUAGCAAAGUAAGCUUUCUCCUGUAUUGUUCAUCAGUCCUGAAUGCCUAAUAUAUUAAGAUAUGGCUGUC